UAUUUGAAAUAAAAGAUUUUGGUCUCGAUUAAUUGCAUGUUUAUCAUCAUGGUUAAGGUUUUUAAUUAAAUUAAAGUGAUUUAUUUAGUUAAUUGUGAUAAAAAAAAAUUCUUCACUUUCCUGGUUUUCCGGAGUGAUGAACAAUAACACUGGUUUAUCCUCAUCAUCAACGUCCGGUUCAGGUUCUUUGAUCUCUACUCUUGUCACCUCUAUCAACCAAAUACCAAUUGAAAUACUGUCUGACAAGAGCCUGUUUGACAGUAUAAUUGGUGAUAAUGAUUUGUGGUCCAUGGUUGGUGACUCUAAGAAAUGUGAGAUUCUUGAUAAAUGUUUACCCAAUUCUUUCGAUGCUCAAGAGAAAGAGGAUACCAUUAGGUUAUUGUUCAAUGGUCAGUUGAAACGGUUUGAUGACAAUCCAUUAGAUUAUAUCUAUUUUCAACUUAAACUUCAACGUACCUCUCCUGAUCUCUUGCGAACUUAUGAUGAAGUCAAUAGACUUAAAAGGCGAGCUUAUUUAAUCCAGGAACAAAAAUACCAAUGUAAAUUGCUUACAGAAAUUUUAACCAAACGUCGGAUACUCUUCGAAGCAGCCGCCAAUUCAUCACCCUAUGGAAUAAGUCCUGUCACAUAUCAGAAAGUCAAAAGUAAAUUAAUUCCCAAAAAUGGCAACCUCAGUCUUCGUAAGAGGAGAAAAUUACUCCUCAGAGCUCGCAAAGUCAAGGAAAGAUAUAAAAUGGAAAUUAAAAGAUUAUUCCCAGAAGAUCUUGUUACUUCUGACGACGAUAGUGAUCUGGAACUAGAUGUCAAGCCUUUGCGUACAAAAGCUCUUCAUGAUGACUCAAUUAAUAAGACUGGUCCUCUUAAAGCGUAUUGUGAUAUUACCUCUUCUCGCGAUGAAUAUCUCAGCACGAUGAAAAAUUUCAGGAGAAAAAGAAAAGCACUGCAAAAUAAUGAGAGUGAUGAUCCCGUUAUGGAUUUCAGCAAUAUUACGUUAAGUGAUAUAAUUUCCCGAGUUGCAAAUGACUCAGGAGAUGAUAUUUGUGAGAAAGGCUUGAUCGCCGGUGAUUUAAAAUCAACUUCUCCUUUCACUCCAAAGAGUCCUAAAUUACUUUGCAAUUCAACGUCAUCGCUACCAUUAAAUACAACAUCAACUUCGGCAACAACUUUAACAUCAAUCAAUCGUAAAAAAUCUAAACCAUCCUCAUCUGCAACAUCUUCGUUAUCAUUGUCAUCUCCAUCAAUUGUCACACCUUCUACAGUAUCCACUUCUUUGUCAUCUUCCGUUCCAGUAAAUAGGAUAGUUUCUUUAUUACCUAACUUAUCUUCGGCGCCUCUGCUUUCCCGUCAAUUGUCACUCCAAAUGUCAACUUCAUGUCAAACAGGCCUAGGCUCGUCUCAAUCCCUUUUAAGCAACUUCGAGAGUCUUUCACCACCAAAGAAGAGCCAAAGCACAACAAUUCUAAACGUCAAUUCCAUUAAAAGAGAGCCAUUGGAUAUUUUUGACUUCGAUAAUGAUUCACCACCACAUUCAUUUCCUUUACCACCGCUUUCACUUUCUUCUUCAACAACUUCUAAUCCAAUUCCUGCGACAUCUUUCUCAUCUCUCAUAUCGCAGCCUCAUUCGCCACACAUCAGUACUUCUCUUCCAAAUGUAGCAUCAAUAGUUUCUAAUAGCAUUAACGAUACACCGAUCAAUACCAACACGAUUUUAGCGACAACAAUAGCAUCAGCAGUAACAGCAAUUGCAACUACUUUAGCAACAGUAACUUCUACUACUACACCUUUAUUAAUACCAGCAACAGCACAAGCAGUGACAACAGCAACGACUAUACCCGCAACAAUGGCAACCUAUGUGCAACAGCAGCAUCCACAUCAGUCAAAAUCACAAUUAACUCCAAUAGCUGACCAAACUAUCUUAUCAACUUCUAAGUCUACAGGUGAAGCCCUCCCAGCAUCAUUUUUCUCUCUUAUUCGAGAUAUAUUUUAUAUAAGUGCUUCAAAUGAUCGAAAAUUGACUUUGCACAAAUUAGAAGAAUUAGUCAAAGAAAAAUUACGUCUUUUGGAUUCGAAAGUCAGUUGGAGCUAUGAAAUGGUUCAAUCUGCCAUGAAUUAUUUGAGUGAAGUUUUUCCUCCUCCUGAUAUGAUUCCGUUAGUCGACUAUAAAGAGAAAAAUCAGUUAUGGCAAUGGAUAGGUGUUAAUAGAGAUUCAGAUGAUAUUUUGAUUCCAUUGUGUAAUGAUUGGUUGGAAGAAAAGGACAAGAAGAAAACGACCAGUUUAAUGGAUCCUUCUCAGCCUGUUCCACCAGCUAUUUGUCCGACUAAUUGGACUGUGAGACCUUCUACUGAAGAAGAAAAGAAAAUUUAUCGUGAUCAAGAAGAUUUGAGGUACAAGAAACCUCACAAAGCUUUUACAUUCACAAUACAUGGGUAUAACAGUGUUGUUGGACCAGUCAAAGGAUGUGGAAUCGGAAGUGCAUCACCUCACGCUGCUAGUCCCAAUAAAGCACGUGAACAUUCACUUUUAGUGAAGGAUAGACCACCUUUUGUAACACUUCUUAGUCUAGUAAGAGAUGCUGCGGCUCGCCUUCCAAAUGGUGAGGGAACUCGAGCUGAUAUCUGUGAGUUGCUCAAAGAUUCUCAAUAUUUAUUGCCAACUGUUUCCGACCAACAAGUCAAUGCUAUUGUCAGUGGAGCUUUAGAUAGGUUGCACUAUGAAAAAGAUCCUUGCGUUAAAUAUGAUGUAAAUCGUAAAGUAUGGAUAUAUCUUCAUCGCAACAGAACUGAGACGGAAUUUGAAACGCUUCAUGGAAUCCAAGUCCAGGCUGCAAAAGCCAAGAGAAGCUUUACUAAAAGUCAAAGAAAAAUUUGUUCCUCGUCUAUAACUCAAACUCCUUCCAUUUCAACUACCAUUGGAAAUUUUUCUCGUAUAAAUGUCACAAAUUUCUCUGGUAAACAGCCCAGUGCCAAAGUAAACAAAUCCGCCCUCGGUUCAUUAACCAAAACUGGUGAAUCUCAAUCUAAUACAAACACGUCUACUGUUUUGACCUCCUCGUCAAUUCAACCAACUCAACAACAAAAACCUCCACUGACUUCAUCAGUGUCACUAGCAGUACCUACACCCGUAUCUACAUCUGUAUCAAUACCAACAACAGUAUCAACAACAAUGUCUACAUCAGUACCUGCAUCAAUGCCAACAUCAAUACCUGCAUCGAUACAAACAUCAACAACAACGUCAACAUUUUCAUUAGUAUCAUCUAGCAAUCAACAACCAAUCUCAUUCCUUUCUAGGAGCACUCCACUCAAAGCUUCAUCCCUACCUUCACCUAGUUCAACCAACUUUAAUUCAAUUAUUCCAAAUUUAUCUUUAACUACAUCGUCUGGCAUUACACUUAAUUCAAAUCCUAUUUCUACUCUUACUACUUCUACUUCCUCAUCCAAUACCCCAACUACCACUACUUUACCAAAUAUAAAUUUAAGCUCGUCAAGUUUGCAACGUCUUUCAGUCGGCACGUCCACCUUGAAGAAAAAAGCACAAAGGUUAAAACCUGUUAAAAAAGAACCUGAGCAAGUUGAGUCAACUUCGGUUUCAUCUAAUAUAACUGCUAAACCAAUUAGUUAUUCUAGUGGAACAAUGACCAUUGCUCCGAUGCCAGCAUCAAGUCAACCUCUGCGGGGAUUUGAAAAGAUCAUUCCAAGUCAUACGGCUCUUGCAUCACCCAGUCAAGAUACAUUUACAUCAUUAAUUUCAAGUGAGUCAGGAUCUCAAGUUAAACAAAUAAGACCUGCUAAAUCUGUCAACUCAACAAUGAAAGUUACUUCAAUAAUUUCCUCUUCUGUGGCGAAUACUGCUAAAAAUAUUGAUAAUGUUCAACACUUCCUUAGUCUAACAACUAAAACAACUUCUAGCCUUCCUAGUAAUAUAACAAUUACUUCGUCUGCAACAAAACCCAUUGCACCUAAACUAGGAUCAAGUCAAUCAGAUACUCAGCAAAUUAUUUUCCCUUCAACUCCUGGUCAAACAAUUUUUGGUAAAUCGAUCUUGAAUCCAUUUGAGCCUAAACAACCUGUUACACAAACCAUACAAUCCUCAAGCCAACAACAAGCAGCUUCAGGAGGGCAACAUCAAAUUUUGAAACCAAUCCUUCCCGCUCCUAUUCAGUCACAAUUUCAACAGCAACAUCAGUCAGAUAAACAACCAGUUACUAAACUCACUACAACCAAACAUCAUCAAAUACAAACUCAGUCUUUAGCACAACAAAUUAUCACCUUACAGCCUGCUUCAAUCGCGGCAACAACUCAGUCACAACAAAUCACCAUUUCGAAGCCGUUGCAAGCUCAACAAACAGCUAAACCACAACAAAUUCAGAUUCAUAACCAAAACAUCAGUUUGGCAUCCGCUGAUGGUAAACAAGUAAAUAAAACUAAUCCAACUCAAAUAACUUUGCCUAAGCAGAUUCAAAUUCAAGGUGGCUCAUCAACUAAUUUAUCAACUCCUACCCAAAUUAGUAUACCUACUAGUAUGCUAUUUGGUGCAAGACCAGGUUCUGUUGUACUAGCAACUCCUGGCGGUAAAUCAUAUAUGAUGGCAACAAGUGGCGGUUCAAUUGUUUUACAUCCACAAGUCAGUGGUGCAAAUACUAUGCAAACGACGACCAAUGUCUCUGGUUCUACUACUGGUGUAACCAAUGCAUCAACAACUUCCCUGGCCGUGCGAACUUUGCAAGGUAUCAGAGUUAUUCCUGUAACAACUGGAAUUCCUGUUCAAAGAGCUACUGGUUCCUCUUCCUUAUUGGGACCAAAUAAUUCAUCUCAAACUCCCGGUGUUGUGCCACCUCACCACGUUGUUGCUCGCAUCAUUACAACCAAUCAAUCUCCUCAUGGAUCUGCGACACAAGCGCAAAUUGUAAUACCUUCAACUUCAACCAUUCAACCAAUUUUAUUAGCCUCUCCUCAGCAGUUACCUAACCCUAGUGAAUGAGUUUAAUAAUUUAAAAGUGGUGUUAUUGUUUAUUUUUUCACUUCUUGUCGCCAUUCAUUACUUUUUUAUCAUUCUUUUUACUGUUGAUUAUCAGAGGUGUAAAAAGUUCAAUCGUUAUUGACUAUGAGCUUAUGAUAGGAUAUAAUUUAUUAGUGUUAUCAAAUUUUCUUUCUACUGAAUAUUCUCUCAUUAUGAAUGAAAGAAGUGGAACAAAAUUACUGUUAACCAUGAAACAGUUUAAUUGUGUUGAGCUGAAAAUAUCGCAAUCACCUUGAUGAAGGUAUUCACAUAAUUUGACCAACAUUAUCAAAAGUUUGUCAAAAAGCAUUUUAUCAAUUUUUAAAUUGAGCAUAUCUCGAGAUUGAUGUUAGGUAUCAUCGUACUUGAUAACUGGAAAGGCAGAAAAAAAAUAAAAACACGAGAGACGCAAA